UGUAUGUAUAUGCGUAUAGUAGUGCAUUUUGCGUCCAUCCCAAAACGGCAUGAUCGCGAUUUUUCAAUUUCAACACAUACGCAUUUGUUGAAGAUACUCUUAGUUCUGUAGUAAGGAAGAUAAUAUAAAUCAUAAUAAGUCAUCGAAUGUUUUCAUUAGCAAAGAGAUUAGUUGAUAGAUUCGAUGGGUCAGCCACAGACUCCAAAUCGGGAGAUUCUUAUUUCAAAGGAGCUUUACAAUUGAAUAAUAAUGGAUAUGGAUUAAGAGUAGUCCAAGUUGUACCACAUUCAAUUGCUCAUCAACAAGGAUUUGAAUCUUGGUUUGAUUAUAUUAUUCGUAUAAAUAAUCACGAAUUACCCAUGUUAAAUCCAUCAUUAUCUACUUUUUCAUAUAGCAUUAAUGAAGAUGGUACAAUAAAUUAUGGAAAUAAUGCAACUUCAGAUCAAGUUGGUGCGGUUAAUUAUGAUUUAAUCUUACAAGAAAUAUCAAAUAUACUGAAAACUGAUAAACAAGUUGUAUUUGAUGUAUGGAAUGCAAAAGGUGGAAUAGUGAGACAAAUAACUUUACCAUUAAAUGAAUUUAAACAAAGUGUAAAUGAUCAUGGAAAAGAUACUGUCAAACUUUUCGAGAAUCAUUUUGAAGAAUUAGGUUUAACAUUACAAUCACAACAUUUGAAUUCAGCAACUUAUGUUUGGAGAAUAUUAACUACUCAUCAAGGAUCUCCAGCAUUUUCUUCCCAAUUAAUUCCUUAUUCUGAUUAUAUUAUUGGUUGUGACUCUGCAUUCCCAGGUGAUUCUCAAGGAAAAGGACUACUUACAAAGGGAGGAGAAUCUUUACUUUCAAGAACAAUUCUUAACUACUAUAAUCAACACUAUGCUGAAAGUCAAGAAGAUAAUGUACCCAUUACUUUAUAUGUCUAUAAUCAUGAUUAUGAUAUAUUAAGACCUGUAACAGUUAAUCUUUCCAGAUCUUGGGGUACUGGACAAAAUAGAGGUAUAUUAGGUUGUGAUGUAGGAUAUGGUUUGAUUCAUAGAAUUCCUGAAGUUGUAGGUAAAUUUGAAAGUGUAUCAGUUGUUGAUGAUUUACUUUUUGAAACUAAUCAAAAUGUUUCGUAUGAAAUUCCCCAAACUCCUCCACCUCCUUCAUCAGAAAAUGUAAUAAAUCCAAUUGCACCACCCCCAAUUGCAGGAGCAAUUCCUCAUCGUGCUACUGCAUCUUCCAAAAAGAAGAAGCAUGUAGUUGCCGGAGAUUUAGGUGGUCUUAGUGAUUACAUGAAUGAAGAAUUAGCAAAAUCUAAGGAAUUGGAUUCCAAGCUUCCAUCUUCUCAAACAAACGGAGCUCCUCCUCCACCACCACCACCUCCUACUUCAAGUAAAUAGUCUAUAUGUAUAAUGGAACAAUAAAACAUACUAAUUUCUUUAAAUUUAAAAAAAAUAACCAUUAAUAUAAAAAUAUUUUACAG